AUGCCUUUGAUUCCCCCUCCCGUCGCCUUCCACGCCUGCCGCACUCGCUUUCCCGCCCCCCGCACAUACACCCUUCCCUUCUUCCCUGUUUCCCCGUAUCCCCUGCGCUGCUUCCCACCAUCCUCCGACUUGCUCCCCCCAUCCCCUUCCCUACUUCCCCCUUCCCCUCCCCUGCUUCCCCCUUCCCCUCCCCUGCCUCCCCCCAUCCCCUUCCCUGCUUCCCCCCAUCCCCUUCCCUGCUCCCCCCCAUCCCCAUCCCUGCUUCCCCCCAUUUCCUUCCCUGCUUCCCCCCAUCUCCUUCCCUCCUUCCGCCUGUGCCCUCUCCUACCUCCCAACAUCCGCUUCCCUGCUUCCCCCCUUCCCCUUCACUGCUCCCCCUCAUCCCCUUCCCUGCUUCCCCCCAUCUCCUUCCCUGCUUCCCCCCAUCCCCUUCCCUCCUUCCCCCCAUCCCCUUCCGUGCUCCCCCUAAUUCCCAUCCCUGCUUCCCCCCAUCUCCUUCCCUGCUUCCCCCCAUCCCCUUCCCUCCUUCCCCCCAUCCCCUUCCCUGCUCCCCCUCAUCCCCAUCCCUGCUUCCCCCCAUCCCCUUCCCUCCUUCCCCCCAUCCCUUUUCCUGCUCCCCCUCAUCCCCAUCCUUGCUUCCCCCCAUCUCCUUCCCUGCUUCCCCCCAUCCCCUUCCCUCCUUCCGCCUAUGCCCUCCCCUGCCUCCCCCCAUCCCCUUCCCUGCUUCCCCCCUUCCCCUUCCCUGCUCCCCCCCGUCCCCUUCCCUCCUUCCCCCCGUCCCCUCCCUUGCCUCCCCCCAUCCCCUUCACUGCUUCUUCCCAACCCCUUCCCUGCUCCCCCCCAACCCCUUCCCUGCUCCCCCCCAUCCCCUUCCCUGCUUCCCCCCAUCUCCUUCCCUGCUUCCCCCUAUCUCCUUCCCUACUUCCCCAAAGCGUGGGCGACGGUUCGAGCUGCGUGGGCGACGAUGGGGGGAAGCUUGGCCGACGAUGGGAGGAAGCGGGGGCGAUAAGCGGGGAAGCGUGA